AUGGGCUGCACGACCUCCCACGACGCCUUCGCCGCCGCGGUCACCUCCUCCAGCUCCCGGGCCAGGGCGCGCCGCGCGUCCGCGUCCGGAGGAGACCCCGCUGCACUGUGCCGCGAGCGCGUGGCGCUCAUCCGCGCCGCGGCCGACAGCCGGUACGCGCUCACUGCGGCGCACGCCGCCUACUUCCGCUCGCUCGCCGCCGUCGGCGACGCGCUCCGGCGCUUCGCGGCGUCCGCGCUGGCGCCCGCCACGCCCGAGUCCUCCUCGCCGCCGGUCGCCGCGGCUACCGCGUCCGCCAGCGUCCCGCCGUCGCCGUCGUCCUCGUCGUCCACCGUCUCGCCGCUCUCGCACUCCCUCUCCGACGACGACCUCCAUCUCCAUGACCUUGACGACACCAGACAUGGAGGCGGCGGUGGCGGGAGCGAGGAGGCGUCGACGAGGUACCACCACCACUUCAUGAGGAGAUCGUCCACCGUGCCCACCGUGGUGUAUGAGGACCCCGACGCCCAGACCCAGUACACAACAGCCGAGGCCAGCUACGGAUACGCCUACGGCGACGGGUACGGCCACGCCUACGGAAAUGGCUACGGCCACAGCUACGGGCCUGCGUACCCGUACGGGCCCUACGGCGAGGUAAUUGCGGGAGAGACCCCGGAGGCGGCGCCGAGGCAUCCUGGGCCGCCGCCUUCGCCCCCGACAGCGGAGGCCUCGCCGUGGGAAUUCUUGGACCCGUUCGCACAGUACGACCAGUUCAUGGAAGACUACGCUGCCGGGAAUCAGCCAACCAACAGCCCCAACUACGCCGAGCUGAGGAGGAUGGAGGGGAUCCCGGAGCUUGAGGACGAGGCCGAGUUAGAGAGGAAGGCGGAGAAAUCCAAGCCAUCGACUUCCGGGGUUUCUGAUCAGGACAUCAAGGGGAAGGGACCAAUUCAAGACAAUGCCGCUUCGAACGACGAUUUUUUUGGUGACAGCAAGCUGCAGAAGAAUGCUACCUCAAAGGGCGAUUCUCCUGGGGGCAAGCUGCACAGGGAUGCCACUUCAAUCAGCGAUUCUUCUGGUGGCAAGCUGCAGAGGAAGGGAUCAGAACCACCUCCUGAUGGCAAGUUACAGAGGAAGGGAUCGGAGCCGGCUGCUGAUGCCGAAGGCGAGGGAGGGAAACCAGUGUCUAGAAAUGAUUCCGUGCCAAGCAAUGCCAGCUCGAAAAGCAAAGAAGAGAGGAAGAAGAACACGGUGAGCCUAAAGGGCACAGUUAGCAGUGGCACUGAUGGCAGCAGCACCAGUGGGAAGAAGAAAGGUGUGGCCUUCGAAGCAGAGCAAUCCAUCAGAGCAGCAGAAGGAGGUGGGGAGAGCCAUGGCAAGUCAAUCCAGUCGGUGGUGAGCAGCGAGCCAUUCUCGCCAUUGCAUCAUGGAACGAGGGAUGUCAGAGAGGCGAUUGGUGAGGUCAAGGAGCUAUUCGAUGAGGCGGCAAACUGCAGCACAGAUGUCUCAAGGCUGCUGGAGGUGGGGAAAAUGCCUCCCCGCGACACCCCAAGAGUUCUUAGAUAUAUCUCUUCCAGAGUGAUAGAUCCGCUAGGCCUUACUGUGUCGACAUCGUCUUGCCUCCGGAAAUCACAUGGCAUGAAGUCAAGAGCAUCAAGCAGCAAGGCAAACACUUCAGCUUCGUCAGGUGCUGGCCGUAGCAAUGGUAUUGGCCAUCUCUCAUCAACUCUAGAGAAGCUGUGGUUCUGGGAAAAGAAGCUCUAUCAGGAAAUUAAGGAUGAAGAAAAGCUACGGAUGAAGUACGAGAAGUAUUACAGAAGGCUCAAAUCCAUGGAUGAUCGAGGUGCUGAAUCAAGUACAAUUCACUCCGUCCAGUUAUCUGUAAGACAUCUUAAGUCCAAGAUCAGCAUCAACAUGAGUACAGCUAAAGCCUUUUCGUUAAAGAUACAGCAGAUUCGAGAUGAAGAGCUUUACCCUCAACUGGUUGAUCUCAUCCAAAGGUUCAGAAGGUUGUGGAAAGCUGUUCUGGAAUGCCACGAGAAGCAGCUAUUAGCCAUACAAGACAGUAGAAUUCAUCGGCUCAAGGCGAUGACUGUAAGCCAAUCUGGUGCGGAGGCCUCACGGGAUUUGGAACGGGAGCUCACGAAAUGGUACCGUUGCUUCAACAAGUGGGUGAGCUCGCAAAGGUCUUGCGCUGAGGCGCUGAAUGAAUGGUUGAAGAAAUGGCUCCCUGAGGUGCAGGAGGAAGUUACAGCAGAUGGGCCCCCUCCUUUCUCCCCAGGCAGGAUUUUAGCACCACCUGUAUUCAUCAUCUCAAAUGAUUGGUUCCAAGCAAUCGAGAUGGUCUCCAAGAAUGAUGUGCUGAGAGCAAUCGACCAGUUCUCUAAAGUCGUGCAUGAAUUCAAGAAGAGCCAAGAAGAUGAGCAGCGACAGAAGCGGAAAGCCGAUCACGCUUCCAAAGAUUACAACAGAAAGUGUAAGGAUUUGGAGAUAGAACUUGGUCUGAGUACCAUGGAGAAUCCUCGCUACAGCCAUGACAACCGUGUAAUGGACUUGGAAAAGUUGAGGAAAAGAAGAGACGUGGAGAGCACUAGGCAUGACAAGACCCUGAGUCAUGCUCACGUCGCAGCUUCAGCUACUCUGCCUAUUGGUUUGGUCCCUGUGCUGCAACAGAUCACCAGCUUCUUUCAAAGAAAUCAACGGGUCUACAUGGAAAUCAGAAUCCAAGGCGCCUGA